UGCCCGAGGAUCUCACUGUUUUACAAUCACGUAUUUUUUCAUACACAGGAAGUAUAGAAUUAGUCACAGCAGAUGGUUCUGGGCAAAGCAUUUGAAAAGAAUCCUCCCAAGGUGGCUCCUGGGAACUGGAUGUGGAUCUUUGUGAAACAUGAACACGUUUUUCCCUACCUUCCCAAUAACAGACGAGACCCUCUUCCAGCCAUCGGAUUUAUUUUAUUAUAUUUGUGAAGAAGUUAAGUAAAACUUUUUCCCCGUAAGAUAAAUAGUGUGGCAGCUUGUGAUAGCGGAAGACACUUGGCCCUCUGAGAGUUCCAUUGUAAACACACUGAGGAUUUAGGGUUUGGCAAAAGCACUGUUUUCUUCUAACAGCAAUCAACAUUUUUCUGAAAUCCGUUGGAAAUGCCAUAGCAUGGGCUGCUCACCCCCAACACAGACGCCGAGCAGGGCAGCUGCGUGCCUCUCCCCAGAGCCGGCUCCUGCGCUCAGGGCGGGGUCGUGGGGCGGCUCCCAGCUUGGCGGGGGCUGUGCGAGAGGAGACAGGAAGCUCGUACACCCCGCUCCACGCGGUGCCCAUGGACAGUGGAGCUCGAGCUCCUGGCUUCCUGGCCUCCAGAACCCUCUGCUCUUCGAGAAUCGCCCCGUCUCGGUGUCUCCUCGCAGCAGUAAGAAGUGGACUGAGCCGCUUGGUGAUCGUUCUUGGCAGCACCCCAGAGCCGGGCGAGGGGAUGCAGCGGGAAGCCGCCUUCCAGGCAGCCGCCCCGUCUUGUCUCCGUCUCCGUCUCCACGCACUCUGUGGCCUUGAGGCAGGGAGCGUUUGUUUAGUCACUCCCCCGACAUCUCCCACGUGCCCGCUGUGAGUCAGACCUGAUUCCGGGGCGCUCCAGGAACAUUGCCAAGAAGCGGGGUUCUGCGACACGAAGGGCUGCCUACUUCGCGUCAGACGUGGGGGCCGGGGCCCCAGUGAAGGUGUCCUGGGAGAGGAAGAGAACCUGAGCCAGGGUGAGGGGAGGCCAGGCUGGAGCAGAGGCCGGGGAGUUGGGAGGCUGCGCUCAGGGGCAGGCAGGGCUCCUGCCGUCCUUCCCAGCCCGUCCUCAGGACUCCGCUGUGCUCUGACACUUUGGAGAAGUCUGGCCAGCAGCGGAGCGCGAGCCUUAUGGAAAACAGAGGCAAGAUGACGUCGCCGUCACCCACUUACACGCAGGGGUGACUCUGGGGCAGCUGGGAGGGGCCCGGAAUCCCUUGCCUUUAAUGCUGUUUUCCCUUGUUUUAGAUUAGGAAUGGAGAGUUCUUGGGGAGUUUGAGUGGAGUUUUUGGCUGCGCUCGUGUUUCUCUUGCUGAGCCCUGGCUGCCGUGGGACCACGAUCCUCCCCUCUCUGAAUAUGGUCUCGGUGCCACGGUACCUGCAAGCUGUCCCUGGAGGCUCCCUCAGCUGCUUCUUGUCCUGCCCUUGCAGCUGUAGUGCGGGCAGGGCCUGGGCUUCGCCACUCCACGCACUCUGUCCAUCCAGUGACAUCCGGCUCUUCCGCAGGGCCCCAUUCCAGACCUGCCCUCUGCCUUCUCACUCGUUUUAGGAGCUUCAUGGAGCCUCCUGAAGAAACUGAGUCAGCCACUGCCAGUUGUUGCUUGUGUUCAGUGCACCCUGAUAGAUACAGAGGAUGUCUGAGGCCUUAUUUCCCCACCCGAGUUUAAAGACUAAGCUGUUAGCCUUUGCUGCUGGGUUGAAAGGGCAGAGUGGGAGAGGGCAGGGUGUUAUGUACAGAAAUGGAGGCAGGCAAUCCUGAAAGGGCAGGGAAGUGAGGUUUCUGCAGACCAACUUUACUACUUCCUUGUUGCUCCUUUGUCCACCUGCAGCAGGUCAAAUUAGCAUCAACGUGUGGGCCCACUUAGGGCCACCGUUCUUAUUCAGAUGUAGGUAUAUUAUGUCUGGUCUUGUAUUCAGUGAGGAUUAUAGCUCGUCUGCCUGUCUACCUCUAUCCAUCUGUUUGUCUAUGUACCCCAGGCGGAUAAGACCCCAAGAAGAGGUUUUUAAUUUAACAUCUUAGCCCAGUCACAGGACUCUCCUCUCCACAGGCUCCUCGCCUGUGGCCCUGACAGCCAGCCCAGCUCCUCCUGGCUGGGGAAGGUGCUGAGCCUCCACACUCUCAGUCUUCAUUUGCAGAAUGGGAGUCAUAGUGGCAUGUGGCUGUCAAAAUGCACCGUGAGGCAAAGUAAUUCCAACACUGCAUUAGAAGCUUUCUAGAAAAAUUAUUUUGUGACAGACACUGCCAAGGAGACUGGACGCUCCCAUUUGUAGAGGUCGACUGCGGAGACCAUCCGCUCAUUCCUGUGUGCAGUGCUCCUCGUUGGGUGUCAAGGACACAAAGAUGAGGGAACUGAGUCUUGAAGGACUUGCUGAAGAUCACAUGGCCAGUGGCGAUGGAGCUGGGAUGUCCACUGAAGCACUCUGGAUCCAGAGCUUACACCAAAGGUCAAAGGGCUGCAGAGGACUUCAAGGCUGGUGUCGAGGGAUGUGAAGCCGUUGCUGUGCAGGGGACCUGGCAGUGCAGCAUGGCGUGAGGAACACAGUUAGGAGUCUUGGUGGAGCCAGCAGAACAAUACUCAGUGUCUGAAUAAUGUGUGUGUGCGUGUGCGCGCGCGCGCGCACUCACAUAGGACCCGGGGACGCACCUUGCCCUGUCCUUGGCCCACCUGGUGUCUGCAGCUUGUGUGGUGAGGGGAACAGGGCUGAUCUGGUGUCUGCAUGGCGGAUAUGGGAGGUUUGGGUGUGUUUCUGUCAGGUCCCAGUGGGAUGUUCAGGCGACAUGGGAGGGUCCAGGUGGCUGGAGGGAGGACUGGGCGGCGGCUCUGCUUGCUGCUUAGCUGUGAGUCAGCCCAGCUGCCGGUUCACGGUUCAUCAGCGCAGGUGGAGCCGAGCCCCGGCCGUGCAGCGACCCACAGCCCGCGUCUGCUCUGAGCGCAGGCACCGCCGGUUGCCUCGGUGUUUUGCCGGGCGAACUUGUGUGGUGCUCUGAGCUACCAGCGUCGCUUCCCUGCCAUCUGGGUCGUGUGGUUCUAUUAGUUUCAAACCAAACCCCUGUUCUCCUCCUUUAACGUUUCCGAUUUGUUUUACGCUGUAUCUGAUGUAAUAACUUAUUUAUUUCAGAACUUUGUAUGUGUGUAUGUAUUUUUGUUUUGUGUUUUGAGACAAGGUCUCACUAUGCAGUUCAAGCUGGCCUGGACUCACUGUGUAGCCCAGGCUGGCCUGGAACUCGAAGUGAUCCUCCUGCCUCAGCCUCCUGAGUGCUGCGAUUACAGGUGUGCGCCACCACGCCCUGCUAGAACUUUGUCUUGGAAACCCCCUUUAUUAAGGAAAAAAUAAUUUCCUAUCUGCAGCGGCUGAGGAAUACAAUAUUUUUCUUCUGUGGUGACCACAAUUUCAAAAUUUGUUACAAGCUUCCUUUCCUCUUGGUUAAUGUAAUGGGAAAGAUGGAAUUUAAAAUUCUCACAGUGGCAGGUGUGGUAGUGCAUGGCUGGAGUCCCUGCACUUGGGAGGCUGAGGCAGGGGGAUCCUGGUGAUCCUGGGAUACACGAGACUCUUGGAAAACCGGAAAACAAACAUUCACACAGAAGGGAGCAGGUGGUGGCUAAGCGAUGUGACAAAUGUCACUCAACUCAAAGAUUCAGUAAUUUAUCGAUUAAUGAGGUUCUCUACUUCGUGUGGGGCUGCAGGUGCUUGGAAUGCAGGAGUGUGUAAGACAGAAACCCCUGCACCGAAGGAGCUCACGUUGGAGUAGGGGAACAGGUCAAUAAGGCUAGUACCUCCGUGAAGAAGCCGCCGGCGAGCCAGAGAAGCGCAUGAUUCCCGCGCACGACCCCCGGGUGUGCUGGCGGAGGAUUCUCCCCUACCCACGUCUGCAGCUGCUCCUUUCCAGCGACUGCUUUGGCUCCAACCUCCAGACAACGGGAUUCUUUUCUUCCUCUUGCCACUAAAUGCCUGCACACAGCCCGAAUUCCGGUGCGGGGAGAGGGUGGCGCUUUUUGCCUAAGGAUGGCCGUUCCGCUUGGCAGGAUGAGAGCAGAGUGUGUGACGUCACCAUCAGCAGGGUCCACACAGAUACACCUUUGACUCAGUCAAUGCUUCCUGAAAGAACUAAGUGCACUGCUGUUAAAUGAACACUUGCCUGGAUAUAGAUGCUUAGGGUCCCUUCUCUCUGUGGCCUUGAUGUGUGAGCAGGGAUAUGGAACACAGGGCCCCCGCCCUGGGCCUCUGCCUUGGGCUUGAUGGCUGUCCCCAGCACUGACCAAGGCCUCUGAGCUGCUGCUGAGCCAGAGCACUCGAGGAUCUGGGGGAGAUGCUGUCCUCUCCCCUCUGAAAGCCUCUGACGAGAGACGCUGCUUUAACGUCAGACUUUGUGGCAUGGAUGGACCGCAUCACAGACUCCUUCACUAGCAGAGUAAAUAAAAAGCGAGGAGAACAGAGUAGGAAGACUGGUAGUGUGGGUGAUAACCGCUUGCUGCAGAGAAGCCAUGGAGGGAUGCGAAGUGCGCCCCACACCCGCGGAUCAGGAGACAACACUCACUGCCAGUGUCGAAGACGACACCGACUCUCCGCCAUCGCUGGCUUCCAGGAGGCCAAGAGGGUGAGAAAUAAUUCACCGGAAGAUGACUCCCACUGAAGCCCGAACAGCAGCUUGGCUAAAGUAGCUCCUUGGAGCACGUUACUGCUGCAUUUGCCACGCGCCCGAUGGCUUUCACAGAUCUGAGGUUACAUAAAUAUUUGGACCAAGCCGGCAGCUCUGAUUUAGGCCGUGCAAAGAAGCCAUCUAAUUGAAAACAGAAAGCAGAGGGGGAAAUUGAGUCUUUGGAAGAGGCGCGGCGUGACCUCCUGCACCUCCCUUUCCGGCCAGCACGCUGCUCCCCGGAGCCAUCAUGGUGCUCGGUGAGUUUCUCCGUCACCCUGGACAAGAUGAGGAACUGGUCAACUUGAACGUGGGGGGCUUUAAGCAGUCUGUGGAUCAGAGAACCCUGCUGCGGUUCCCUCACACCCGCCUGGGGAAGCUGCUCACCUGCCACUCGGAAGAGGCCAUCCUGGAGCUGUGUGACGAUUACAGUGUGGCCGACAAGGAGUACUACUUUGACCGCAGCCCAUCCCUGUUCAGAUAUGUUCUGAACUUCUAUUACACGGGGAAGCUGCAUGUCAUGGAGGAGCUGUGUGUGUUCUCUUUCUGCCAGGAGAUCGAGUACUGGGGCAUCAACGAGCUGUUCCUCGACUCCUGCUGCAGCGCUCGCUACCAGGAGCGCAAGGAGGAGAGCCACGACAAGGACUGGGAGCAGAGAAGCCCCGAGGCCAGCACUGACUCCUCCUUCGAAGGGUCCUCUCUCUUCGAGAAGGAGCUGGGGAAGUUCGACCAGCUGCGGUUUGGGCAGCUCCGGAAGAAAAUCUGGAUCCGUAUGGAGAACCCAGCAUCCUGCCUGUCCGCCAAGCUGAUCGCUGCCUCAUCCUUGAGUGUGGUGCUGGCCUCCAUCGUGGCCAUGUGUGUGCACAGCAUGUCGGAGCUCCAGGGCGAGGACAGAGAGGCGGAUGACCCUGUGCUGGAGGGCGUGGAGAUCGCAUGCAUCACUUGGUUCACCGGGGAGCUUGCCAUCCGGCUGGUUGCUGCUCCCUGUCAAAAGAAAUUCUGGAAGAAUCCUCUGAACAUAAUUGACUUUGUCUCCAUCAUUCCCUUCUACGCCACGCUGGCAGUAGAUACCAAGGAAGAAGAGAGCGAGGACAUUGAGAACAUGGGCAAAGUGGUCCAGAUUCUCCGGCUCAUGCGGAUUUUCCGCAUUCUGAAGCUUGCGCGGCACUCUGUAGGACUUCGGUCCCUCGGGGCCACGCUGAGACACAGCUACCACGAGGUUGGGCUUUUGCUGCUUUUCCUGUCUGUCGGCAUCUCCAUCUUCUCCGUGCUUAUCUACUCGGUGGAGAAAGAUGACCCGGGCUCCAGCCUCACCAGCAUCCCCAUCUGCUGGUGGUGGGCCACUAUCAGCAUGACCACCGUGGGCUUCGGGGACACCUACCCAGUCACCUUGGCUGGGAAGCUCAUCGCCAGCACCUGCAUCCUCUGCGGCAUACUGGUGGUGGCUCUUCCCAUCACCAUCAUCUUUAACAAGUUCUCCAAGUACUACCAGAAGCAAAAGGACAUUGACGCGGACCCGUGCAGCGAGGAAGCCCCGGAGAAGUGUCAUGAACUGCCACACUUCAAUGUCCGGGACAUGUAUGCCCAGAAGGUGCAUGCCUUCAUCGCCAGCCUGUCUUCUGUGGGCAUCGUGCUGCGAGACCCUGACUCCACAGAUGCUUCCAGCAUCAACGACAACGAGGACGCUUACAGAACCGCGUCCGUGGAGAGCUGCACAGCGCAGCGAGCAGGGGCCUCCGUGCCUGUAUCUGGUCCUUUCCCGACAUUAGGUUAACACAGCUUUAUAAACCUCAGUGGUUGGUUAAAAUCAUUUACUUCUCAGGGUGUAACUUCUAGCCAUAGUUGGACAUUCAUUGCUGAAUUCUGAAAUGAUAGAAUUAUCUUUAUUUUUUAUCAGUGAGGUCAAUUAAAUGCCUUGUUCUGAAAUUUAUUUUUUACAAGAGAGAGUUGUAUACGGUUUUGGAAAAAAAGUUCAUGAUAUUGGGUGGGAGUUGUUGCUACAGUUUAUGCCUCAUUCUGCAUUGUCAUUACUCACAUUGAGCUAACUGUAAAUUACUGACCAGUAAAAUCAGAGGUCCAGCUGAUGAAGACUACAUGCAUGUACAAUCCACAAAAUGAAACAAUGCAUGUAAACUAGUGUUCAUGUUCUAGACAUGGAAACUAGGAGCCUAAUAAACUUCCUAAUUCAGUAUGGA